ACGUGGGCGUGGGCUGAGCGGAGGGAGAUCCGAUCUGCGGCGGCAAGCUGCAUCUCUGUGCCGAGAAGGAACGUGACCAUGGAAGACCUCGGGGAAAACACCACCGUCUUGUCCACGCUGAGGUCCCUGAACAAUUUCAUUUCUCAGCGAGUAGAGGGGGGAUCUGGGCUGGAUACGUCCACCUCUGUCCCCGGGUCUCUGCAGAUGCAGUACCAGCAAAGCAUGCAGUUGGAGGAAAGAGCCGAGCAGAUCCGUUCGAAGUCCUACCUCAUCCAGGUGGAGCGGGAGAAGAUACAGAUGGAGCUGAGCCACAAGAGGGCGCGCGUGGAGCUGGAGAGAGCGGCCAGUACCAGCGCCAGGAACUAUGAGCGAGAGGUCGACCGCAACCAGGAGCUCCUGGCGCGCGUUCGGCAGUCCCAGGAGCGGGAGGCCGAGGCCGAGGAGAAGCUGCGGGAACAGCUGGAGCGCCACCGGCUGUGCAAGCAGAGCCUGGACACGGCCAGCCAGCAGCUGCGCGAGCGCGAGGACGGCCUGGCCGCGGCCAGGGAGACGAUCACCACGCUGAAGGGGCGCAUCUCGGAGCUGCAGUGGAGCCUGAUGGACCAGGACGUCCAGGUGAAGCGCCUGGAGUCCGAGAAGCAGGAGCUGAAGGAGCAGCUGGAUUUGCAGCAGCAAAAAUGGCAGGAGGCGAAUGAGAAGAUCCAGGAACUGCAGGCCAGCCAGGAAGAGAGGACAGACCAGGAGCAGAAGAUCAAGGACCUGGAGCAGAAGCUGCGCCUGCAGGAACAGGACACGGCCGUGCUGCGGAGCGUGAGGUCCGAGCUUCUGCGCAUGCCCCGCAUGGAGCGGGAGCUGACGCGGCUGCGCGAGGAGAACGCUCAGCUGAGGGAGAUGAAGGAGACCAACGGGCUGCUCACGGAGGAGCUGGAGGGCCUGCAGAGGAAGCUGGGCCGGCAGGAGAAGAUGCAGGAAGCGCUGGUUGCCCUGGAGCUGGAGAAGGAGAGGCUGCUGACGAAGCUGCAGAGCUGGGAGAGACUGGACCAGACCAUGGGCUUGAACCUCAGGACUCCAGAGGACCUUUCCAGGUUUGUGGUUGAGCUGCAGCAGCGAGAACUUGCCCUGAAGGAGAAGAACAGUAUCAUCACCAGCAGUGCUCGGGGGCUGGAGAAGGCCCAGCAGCAGCUCCAGGAGGAGGUCCGGCAGGUCAGCGGACAGCUGCUCGAGGAGAGGAAGAAGCGGGAGGCCCACGAGGCACUGGCCCGAAGGUUCCAGAAGCGUGUCCAGCUACUAACCAAGGAGCGGGAUGGCAUGCGUGCCAUCCUGGGAUCUUAUGACAGUGAGCUGACCCAGGCUGAAUACUCACCCCAGCUGACACGUCGCAUGCGGGAAGCCGAGGACAUGGUGCAGAAGGUGCAGGCCCACAACGCGGAGGUGGAGGCUCAGCUGGCCCAGGCGCUGGAGGAGCUCGGCGGCCAGAAGCAGAGAGCCGACAUGCUGGAGAUGGAGGUGAAGAUGCUCAAAUCACACCCCAGCGCUGGUGAGGCGUGCUUCCUGUUCCGCAGAGAGGAAGUGGACGCGCUCAGGUUGAAGGUGGAGGAGCUGGAGGCUGAGCGGAGCCGCCUGGAGCAGGAGAAGAAGGUUUUGGAGAUGCAGAUGGAGAGGUGCACCCUGCAGGGCGACUAUGACCAGAGUCGAACCAAAGUGCUGCACAUGAGCAUGAACCCUGCCGGUGUGGCCCGGCAGCGCCUGCGCGAAGACCACAGCCGGCUACAGGAGGAGUGCGAGCGGCUGAGGGGGCUCGUCCAUGCCCUGGAGAGGGGGGGACCCGUCCCUGCCGACCUGGAGGCCGCUGCCAGCCUUCCCUCGUCAAAGGAGGUGACGGAACUACGGAAGCAGGUGGAGAGCGCGGAGCUGAAAAACCAGCGGCUCAAGGAGGUCUUCCAGACGAAGAUCCAAGAGUUCCGCAAGGUCUGCUACACGCUGACUGGCUACCAGAUCGACGUGACCACCGAGAGCCAGUAUCGGCUCACCUCCCAGUACGCCGAGCACAAGAACGACUGCCUCAUCUUCAAGGCCACGGGCCCCUCGGGCUCCAAGAUGCAGCUGCUGGAGACGGAGUUCUCGCGCUCCGUGCCGGAGCUCAUCGAGCUGCACCUGCUGCGCCAGGACAGCAUCCCGGCCUUCCUCAGCGCGCUCACCAUUGAGCUCUUCAGUCGCCAGACCGCCGUCUAGCCGCGCCGUCCCGGCUCUGCCACCGCGGCCCUGGGCCGCAGCCAAGCAGCCACCAACUCACUGCCCCGACCUCCAGGCAGCCACCCCACCAUGUCCCCACCCCCUCAGCCACCCGCAGCUGCAGCACAGGUCAUGAUCACGAGCCACAGCCUCUGCUCAGGCUGUGGCCCUGUCUCAGGACCCCAGCCAGCAAGGGACAGCCACAGGAGUUUCCAGGCCGGGGCCCGCUCCCCAGCCCCCUCUGUCCCUGGGUGCCGAGCGCGCUGCCCUGUCCCGAGGUGUCCCCACCCCAGCUGCCCUUGGCCCGGAUGCUGCCACCUGGUCUGUUGUCCCAGGAGUCUGGUGGGCAGACUGUGGCUCAAGUCCACAUCCCCGGCCUUAUGAAAUAAAAGGUUUCUCAUUGCCCUCCA